CGCCGCCGAAAGUAGCCGUUUGAGCUUCAAUUUUUGAAGAAUUCGGGGCUCGUAUAUCCUCAUUGGCGCACGCCCUAGUUCACUUCCAGAAUUCCGAUUCUGUUUCUUCCACCCACAUUUGCCGCGUUUGCUUGCAUCUCCAGGUCUAGGUCACAGAAUCGCGCCCUUCUUGGAGGUGAUAGUGUACUUUUGCGUUUGGAGCUCAUGUGUCGUGGUCGUUGCGGAAUGUUUGUGGGAAUGGUGAGGCUUUAUGCAACGACGUCGAGAACGUGCGUGUUGUGAGUGUGGAAUGUCUGUUUGUUUUGGGUUUCGAGAGGGGGAGACGGUGCGAGUUAUCACCGGAAUUUGAUAAGGUAGUUGGUGGAGCUGGGUCCACGGAAGGUGGUGGGGAGAAUGGGGUCGAUAGACUCUGCGUUUGGGGGUAACUGCGAUGGAAAUUUUCAGACCGACGACUUCUACGAGAGCUUUCUAGCACCGAAGUUUCACGAUUUUACUGCACCUGAGGAGCCUAUUGACCCGGAUGCGUACUUCUUGGCCAAUCCUGGCAUACAGCUCAAGAAAGCAGUGCUCGUUGAAGAGGUGAACCUGCUGACACGGAAGGAACACACGGUUGCAGCGCAGGGUACCUCGAAAGCAGCUCCCGUAAUACAACAGCAAGCACCAAUCAAGUCUCCACUUCCUGCGGAAAAAGCUGUUGGCAGUGCCAAGAAAGGACUCAUUGGGACCGUGUCAGACUCAAUGAGCCCAUUAACAAGCAAGAGCUUGAAUGUAAAGAAUAAUGCGUAUGACAGCACUCCCCAGUUUCAGGGUAAGGAUGGCAAUGCAUCACUGAGAUCCAUACGUCUUGUCAAGACAUCGCGAGCAUCUGAGAAUGAAGAUCCUAAUCCUUCUGCGAACCCCAUUCAAAUCGCUGAUGCUUCUACUUCAAUUGUUGAGAAAUCUACCCGUCAAGGUCCUGAAGAGAGGCCAGCGCUUGCCCGUCAGUGCAGCCAGAAGUUCCUCGAGCCGAGGCGAACUGCUGGCGCUAGUGAUGUACAUCACAUUCCGAAGUUCUCGGGAGAUCCCUGCAUGACAAAGAACAAUUACGAUGACUCCUCGGCUGAUAAGAAAGUCUUAAUGAAACCAAAUGCACUUAAACCAUUUGGAACAAAUAUUGCCUCUGGAGUAGCUGUGAAUGUCCUGAAAUUAAACGCUGUCAUCGUAGCUUGUUCACCGACAGGCGAGGAUGAUGGCUCCACAGCGUCUGCGUAUAAAAUCAUCGUGACGGAACCUAUCUCAGGGCACCAGGUCAUGGCCUGCACCGAAAAAACUGGGUUACCCAACACUGGCCACCACUCCAAAUCCUCGAUAUGCGCUGCCAUUGACCCUAGUUCCUUGUCUGCAGCGCCUGCUAGGAAGUAUCUCAAUGCCAGUAAUGGCAUUCCGGGAUCGGCUAUAAACGCCGCGCCUUCUCUUGCCGGAGUGGGGACAUGUAAUGAAGAAAUAACACUAGGGAAAUCCAGGCUGCAGUGUGAUAAAGCUCAGAAGGGUGAUGAGGGUUGUAAUCAUGCUGAUCUCCAUGACGCGCACCAAGCUGUCACAGACACUUCCGUUGUUGGAGAAAACAAACAUUAUUCCAAUGUCAAUGACCAUUUCCAAGCUUCCUUGGACGAUAGCUUCCUGAGGAUGACUUUGGACCGUGCUCAAACAACUUUGCUGGAGGAACAGAUAAUUCAUGAGUCCCUCAAUGCAUGUGCAAUCCCUGAGGUGACCCAGCCUGAAGACGAGGAUUUCAAGAUUGUCUCAUUGGCGGGGGAAUCCAGGAUUGUCGAACCUAAGCAGUCUCUUUCUUCUGGUGUUGCUGUAGAAAGGGUGGGAGGCUCGUCGACCAGUGACAAGGCUGCCGGGAUCUCCGGAAUGGGCUUGGCGAAUAGUUCUAUAAAUGGACUAGAUGAACAACCGAAUGCAGCAGGAAUGGACUGCGAGGUGGCCUGCGAAAAUAUGGAUUACUUGGAGACGAGAAAUUUAAGUGACUUGGAACUGGCACAGAGCAAGCACGGAAGGAAGGGGAACAGUAGAGAGUUGUUGCUGGAAGCAGCCAGCAAGAGAGCCAAUUUUGCCAAGAGCGAUACCUGUAAAUCAAUGUCCAAAAAGAUUUGCCAUGCCAAGACUUCCGCUGUUUCUAAAUCACCUCACCUUCCUAGGCCUAGAAUGAAACGACUUUCACUUGCCUGGAGAGUCACCAAUCCACGAGUAACCAAUCCGCAACCAUUUCGGCUGCGCACGCAGGAGAGGGGGGCGGCUAAGGAGCAGGAAUUCUCGAAGAAAGUGGAGAAACACAGAGCAGCCAAGGAAGGAUUUCACUCCGCCUUUCAAGGUCUUGCGGUAGCAGAGCCGAAGAUCCCAGGGAGAUUGUUGAAACCUGGCAGUUCUCAUGGGUUUUCUGCUAAACGGGGUGACAAGGAGGUUGAAGGUACGGUUGCUAAAGCUGUGAUCCCUCCAGCACAAAAGGCCCCUCUAUUCGAUCGCCCAUUCAAGCCACAUCGUCGUUCUGGCUUUCCACUGCAGAUCUACCAGGAAGCUAACUGUGCCACAGGAACCCAAGUUUCACAUCGCCAGAAGUGCUUGCCCAUCGAAUGUCGUAGUACCUUAGUGAGGCUGUAAGCUAUUGGGGCAGCUAUGUACACACAGUUUUUAUUUAUUUUUAUUUUUUAAGUUCAUCCUGUCAACAAGCCAUUGGGAUACUAGAGUUUAUGUAAUUAACAUGUAUAUUGUCACCUAUCAUCACCAAAUGAUAUCAUCUUAUUGUUUCAGUCGUC